CUGUGCUAAGCAACGGUCGAUUCUCUUUGGCGGUAGUUGUUAGACGAAAAUACGUUUUCUUCGGCUUGUCCAACAAUUGGAGCUCAUUGUGAACGAGAAACAACAAACCCACAAAGCCACAAAAGCUGGGGCAUGUAAUUCAAUCUGCCUGUUUCAGAGAAAACAAACAGACCCUACAUUUCCCUCCCUCGUUUUACCUUAGUUCAUUCACGUCGGAUUAGCGGGUGGUGUUGGUAGUGGAAAAUGUAUCGGGCUACGGAAAUUGGCAGCGAAGAAACUUUGCCAGCCCUCGCUGAGCUUGCCCAGGCCGACUUUGAGGCGGACAUUGAGAGGAAUCAGUUGAGACAACGCAAAUCUUUGCCCAAUUAUGGAGUGGCUCCCAUACAAAUUCGGAUGGAGUAUAAAUAUCCACGUGCCGUAUAUUUCAUAUUGGCCACCAAAUUUUUUGAGGCCUUCGCCGCCAAUGGUAUACGCACUAUACUUGCAUUAUAUCUACGUGAUGAUCUCAAUUUUACGGAAAGUUUCUCUACAAUUGUGCUGCAUAUAUUCAAUUUCUUUGGUCAAUUCUGCCCGAUUUUUGGAGCGGUUUUGGCGGAUAGUUAUUUGGGUAAUAUUCGAACCAUAUCAGGAUUUUGUUUUAUCUAUGCAUUUGGAUGGUUACUAUUGACCAUGACAUCGCUACCAGACGUGGGUGUACCUUUGACACUGAUAGUGUCGAUAUCAUUGCUGCUUAUAGCCAUAGGAAAUGGUUCCAUAAGGGCCUGCAUCACUUCCUUGGGAGCAUUACAAUUUAAGAUGCCCGAACAAGCUGUCCACUUGGCUGAAUAUUUCUCGUUUUACUAUUUUGUGUACUAUUUUGGUAUAUUUCUGAGUAAAAUCCUGCCGCCUUUAGUGCGAGCCAACACUCAAUGUUUUGAAAAGACGCAAUGCUAUCUAGCUGUCUUUGGUACACUUGGCAGUGCCUUUUUAUUGGCUUGGGUUACAUUUUUGAUUGGAAAAUGUUUCUAUAAACCCGAAAAGAUAUCCAACGAUAAUAUACUUUUUAAAUUUUUUGGCUGCAUUAAGACUGCCCUUGUCGAGAAAUGGCGACGUCGCAAUUCAGUGAAGCGUUCAAACUAUUGGUUAAAGAACGCCAUUGGACCCUACGAUCACAGAUUUGUCCAUGAUGUUUCCAAAGUUCUAAGACUUUCAAAAUUGUUUAUACCUUUACCAUUUUAUUUUGCCCUGUUGGCCCAACAGGAUUCUAGUUGGACAUUCCAGGCUUCGAUGAUGAAUACAACGGUUCUGGGUGUUACCAUCGAACCAGAUCAAGCCAAGGCUAUAGGUCCCAUAUUUCUAUUUAUGCUUAUACCACUUUGGCAAUAUGUGACGUCUCCUUUGCUGCGUCGUGUUUUCAAUUGGGAACUGAAGCCGUUGCAUAGUGUCACUGCUGGGGGUAUAUGUUCAGCAGGCGCCUUUUUUUGCGCCGGAAUUUUGCAAGACAGAAUUAUGAAUUCACCCAACCAAUCGAUUAAUAUAGCUUGGCAGAUGCCACAAUUUCUGCUGCUUAUGCUUGGGGAACUGCUUUUAUCUAUUCCGGGAUUACAAUUCGCUUUUACCCAGGCUCCAGCAUCCAUGAAAUCUGUGGUAACCGCUGCUUGGUUUUUAAACAAUGCUUUUGGUAAUCUCAUUGUGGUUCUGGUUACUGAAUUCGAUGUGCUUAGUUCUCAGAAGGCCGAAUACUUCUUUUAUGCUGUCUGUAUGCUAGUAUUUAUUAUUGUUUUUGCCCUAUUGGCCUUUGACUAUGCACUACAGGAACGAAAAGUUCGCUAUGCUGCGUUAACUGAAAUAGUCGAGGCUGAGGAUGAGUGUAGAAAUGAAAGGGAUGAGGAUUGUCCCAGUACUAGUCGAAGUGUUAGCAUUUGAAGUUCAUUGGAGGGAAAAAGCAAACACUUUUCGAAGAUUAGUGGUUUUCGAUUGUCAACUAAUAAAAAUAAUAGGUAUUUUAUAUGCUUAACAAAUUAUAAAUAUAAGAGAUCUUAUAAACAA